CUCUUUCUAUUUUAUUGAUUUUCCUAGCGGAAUCGAAUCAGAUUCGAGAGGAUUUCCCCCUUGUCCAUUUCUUCUUGCUUCGUGCUCGUAUCUUCAGUACGUUUGUAUAUGGAAAUCGAAAACGUUCUUAUUAGUGUUUGCUCAUGGGUUUUGAGCCUUGAUUUACCCAGAUUGCGGGUUGUUAAAGAUUCAUGAUUUUUUGAUUUUGUGUGCUAGGGUUUCUGCGUUUUGAAAUAUUCCAACUCACUGAUUGUUUUGCUAUUUGUUGUUUUUUUUGGUAUGUCCCGAAUCCCGAUGCUGACUUCUUCUGGAAUGCUCAAAUUGCUGUUUUGGUACAGUACUUGCUGGGCUUGCCUUCAUGUUUUCAUCUAGUAUCCUCCUUCAGAUCCUGGCAUGUGCAAUAUAUGGUAAUUGGUGGCCAAUGCUAUCGGCACUCAUGUACGUGGUAGUGCCUAUGCCUUGUUUGUUCUUUGGAGGAGGCUCUACUCAAUUCCUAACUAGUCGAGAUGGUGGAGGGUGGAUAGAUGCAGCUAAGUUCUUGACAGGAGCAUCAACCGUGGGGAGCCUUGCGAUUCCAAUCAUCUUAAGGCACGCGCAGAUGAUUGAGACCGGUGCAAUGCUCAUAGAAUUCACAUCCUUCUUUAUAUUCAUAUGCACCGUCAUGUGUUUUCACCGGGCUAGCCUCGAUGAUGAUUGGUAACAGAGAGCUUGUUUCUUGCUGGUAAUCUACUAAUCUGAUUCGCAUGAGAAAGAGAGAGGAGGGUUAGGAUUGAAGAAGAUGAUGUUAUUAUUAUGCGAUCGAGAAAACGAUGUUAGGGAGUAUUGUGUUCUUCUUCUUUUCUCUUCUCUUUUGUAAAGCUUUUGUAUCAAUUAGUGUCUGUAAAAAAAAAUGUUUAUCCAUCUCGUGAAUGUGAUGCUUUGUGUUUCUUAUAAAAACCUCUUGGAACAAGUAAAAACAGAUGUGAUUCUCUUCGUACCUCUCUAUAAUAUCGUCUU